CAUUUCAUCAUGUAUUGAAACACGACAUGGUUUAUAUAUAAAUAUAAACCAUAAAUAUAUAUAUAAUUUUUCUGUGUCAGUUAAAAACAAAAAGAGAAAAAUAUGGCUAGAUCAGACUACAUUAUAUUAGAUUACAACUUAUAUUUUCAAAUUGGCAAGAUUUCCCAACAAAAAAUGUCUAGAGAGAAAUAGACUGUUUCUUCCAUUAUAAGUUUGAAAUUUGGAUAAAUUCAGAAGUAGCUGCAUGUUCUAUCACUAAGGUAGAUGUCUGGCGGAAGAAUUAAUGCACUACUUAGGGUCUUAAAAAUAGAAUCUUAGAACAAUAACAAACAGAUUUGUUCUUUGGAUAAGUUACACAGUUCAUGUGGUUUUAAUUUAGAAGAUCAUUUUUACUCCCUAUUUUUGUUUUUUUUUUUUUUUUUCAGCUAUAAAAUUGGACAGCCAAAAAUAUCCUCAUGCAGCUUCUUAAUGACAGAGGACAUGUGAAAUUUUUGAAAAUCUUGAUGUAACUAUUUCAAUGUUAUUUGUAGAAACUAUAACUUCUUUAUUUUUCAUAGGGACAAUAUGAAAAAGUUAAUUGAAGAAAUGGAACCUGCAAAUUACACCAGAGUGACAGAAUUUAUUCUCACUGGCCUAUCCCAGACUCGGGAAGUGCAACUAGUGCUUUUUGUUAUAUUUCUAUCUUUCUAUUUGUUCAUUCUCCCAGGGAAUAUCCUUAUCAUUUGCACCAUCAGGCUCGACCCCCACCUCACCUCUCCCAUGUAUUUCCUGCUGGCAAAUCUGGCCUUUCUCGAUAUAUGGUACUCCUCCAUCACAGCCCCUAAAAUGCUGGUAGACUUCUUUGUGGAGAGGAAGAUCAUUUCUUUUGGGGGGUGCAUUGCACAGCUCUUCUUCUUGCAUUUUGUUGGGGCCUCGGAGAUGUUCCUGCUCACAGUGAUGGCCUUUGACCGUUAUGCUGCCAUUUGCCGCCCUCUCCACUACGCCACCAUCAUGAACCGACGACUCUGUUGCAUCCUGGUGGCUCUCUCCUGGAUGGGGGGCUUCAUUCAUUCCAUAAUACAGGUGGCUCUCAUUGUUCGACUGCCCUUCUGUGGGCCAAAUGAGUUAGACAGUUACUUCUGUGACAUCACACAGGUUGUCCGCAUUGCCUGUGCCGACACCUUCCCGGAGGAGUUAGUAAUGAUCUUUAGCAGUGGUCUGAUCUCCGUGGUGUGUUUUAUCGCUCUGUUAAUGUCCUAUGCCUUUCUUCUGGCCAUGCUCAAGAAACACUCGGGCUCAGGUGAGAGUACCAACAGGGCAGUGUCCACCUGCUAUUCCCAUAUCACCAUUGUGGUGCUAAUGUUUGGGCCAUCCAUCUACAUCUAUGCGCGUCCAUUUGAUGCCUUUUCCCUAGAUAAAGUAGUUUCUGUGUUCCAUACUGUGAUAUUCCCUCUACUUAAUCCCAUCAUCUACACACUGAGAAACAAGGAAGUAAAGACAGCCAUGAGGAAGUUGGUUAACAGAUAUAUUUUAUGUAGAGAGAAGUGAGAGAUCAAUGGUACACUUUACAGUCUUCCUGAGGACCAGUGUUCUGAAGUGGAAAGCGUUUCCAUGAUGCUGCUUCCACUUGUCCUUCCAUGUGCGUGCCUCGACUUUCAGUAUGAUUUUCAUCCAUUCCUCUUUAUGGUGAAAUUACAAAGACAUUAAGAUAGAAAUAAGUUUACUUAUAUAUACCCUGAAAUAUCUAGUAGAUCAUUACUGGGAUUUGAGUUAUAUUAAUGCUCAGAUAAAAUCCAUGUCUUCACUAAUUGUUGAGUGAGUACCAUGGAGAAAUUCUGGCUGGGAGAAGAUUGUGGGUUGAGAAAUAAUAAAACAGAUAAGCAGCCCUGGGAGAUACAACCACAUGAAUGGGUAUUGGAGAAGCACGUGGCCAACAUAGGAAUGUAAUUAGCUCCAAGUUAGCCAAGUAUUCUUAUUGUACUUCAACAUUGGUCCAGUGGGACGGUGUUAGGCCGAUCAUUUUCCUGGACCUGGAAAAAUAUACAUCUGUUUUCUCUUUUAAUUCUUCCUCUUCCCUGAGCUGAUGGAAAUGGAGGAUUCAUUUAUACCAGUUGUUUCAACUCAUAUCUCAGGUGGUAGCUACUCAACAGUAUUGGUGGCAGAACUCACAACUUUACCAUACUCAGGAAAUAACUUUUAUGAAUUCAAAAUAGAGUGUAGUUUGGUGGCUAUGUGAGAUUCCACUCAUUCCACUGAAGCCUCCUGAAAAUUAAGUUUUUAUGGUCAGUCUCCACAAAAUAUUUAGGGUGAAAGCAGCUUUAGGAGAAAGGAUUCUAAUUUGGCUGGGAUUGAUAAAUAUCUAGAGUGUGAUUUUAAAAAAAUAAUAAUUUCUUUUGACAUAUUUCUGUUUUCUGUAUUUCUUAAUUCUGUCUCUCAUGUUCAAUUAGUAGAGUAUUCUUUCUGUUAGCACUAUAAUUUGGAAAUCUUUACCAUUAAGCUAUUUAAAAUUAUUAAUUAAUUAGAGAGGGAGUAGAGAAAAAAAGAGAUAGAGCACUUUUAUCCAGUGACUCACUCCUCAAAUGCUCAUAACAGCCAUGAUUCAGCUAGAUGGAAGCUGGGAGCUGGAAACUCAAUCCAGGUCUCCCACUUUGAGUGUCAAGAACCCAAUUAUUUGAGCCAUCACUUUGCCUCCUAGGUCUGCUUUGUUUCUAUUUUUUAUUUAUUUGACAGGCAGAGUGGACAGUGAGAGAGAGAGAGACAGAGAGAAAGUUCUUCCUUUUGCCAUUGGUUCACCCUCCAAUGGCCGCAGCAGCUGGUGUGCUGUGGCUGGCGCAGCGCGCUGAUCUGAAGGGAGGAGCCAGGUGCUUCUCCUGGUCUCCCAUGGGGUGCAGGGACCAAACACUUGGGCCAUCCUCCACUGCACUCCUGGGCCACAGCAGAGAGCUGGCCUGGAAGAGGAGCAACCGGGACAGAAUCCGGCACCCCAGCUGGGACUAGAACCCGGUGUGCUGGCGCCACAGGUGGAAGAUUAGCCUAGUGAGCUGUGGCGCCGGUCCUCCUAGGUCUGCUUUGGCAGGAAGCUAGAGUCAGGAGCUGGAGCAGGGUAGUGGCCCUAGAUACACCAAAUGGGAUGUAGGUGUCUUAACUAGCUUAUUCCUUCACAUAAAAGAAAUCAAUUCAGUACAUGAAAGGUAGACUAGAGGAUUUUAGUUCAUUGGAUAUUAUUUAUUUACUUAAAUUUCAGUUUUAAUUUCUCAAAACUAGAGUCUCUCCAUGGAAGAGCAAGAACCCUUUCUGUGCAUUGAAAUUUAUUCUUUUAUUUUAUUCAAUGUAAAUGACUAGGCUUUGAGGGAAAUACAUUUCCGUCAGCAUCAGGGAUGAAUAUAUAUGAGUGAUACAAAAAAAACAGAGUUACUAUUUAUCUACAGAGAUUUUAUUUAUUAAUUGAGAAUAUAUUUUGUGCCAGACCCAGUGCACCUACCUCAGGUACACAGUUAGCAGUGGUGAUACAUUAAGUUUGUCCUUUGCUUUGGGAAUUUCUCCCUAGGAUGAUCUCUGUCUUCAGUGCUAGAUGAAGCAUGGAUCGGAGCUAUGAUUCCAGAAUUUUGAGUUGAAUUCUCAACAUUUGGAAAUGAAUAAAACAAUAGACAUCAUUAACGUUUGCAAUAAAAAUUACAUGGAAAACCCUGUAAAAUACAGAAGCUGUACAUAUACAUAAUAAAGCAAUGAGUUGUGUUUCUAGAUUACAUAUUACCUUAUUGCCAUUUCUCUACAUCUGAACCCAUAAGGUUUCUGUUUGUUCUGUAUUUAUCCCUCAUCUAACUUGGAUUCAUGUUCUUGAGAAAGAGACCACUGUCUCGGUUUUUUUAAACACUGAUAUUCUUCUAUCACAGAUGGGUAUUUGUUGAACAUAUUGAGGCUAGCAAUGACAGGAAAAAAUCCUCAAAACAGUAGUAUGAUGAACAAUUACUUACAAGUACAACCUGAAAUUAGAAAUUAAUCUUAACGAAGAAGUGGGGGAGCUUUUAGUAAACCACUAAGCAGUACCCCAGCCAAGUUUAUGGGGGAAAGGAUUGGGAAAAGGACCAGGGGCAAUUUCACCCCUCAG